AUUUUCUUACAGCACCCAGUGAACAGUGCAGAUCACUUGUUGUUGUGAAGCCAUGGUGAUGAAGUGUGCUUCUGUGUGCCUUGUGGCACUGGCCUUGCUUGGGAGCUUCUGUGAUGCUCAGUGGGACAAGCCCUCGAAACCUACAUACCCGAGACCAGUACCUCAGAGAGAGCCUACCAAACAGAAGCCUCAAGAGCCCCAACAGUCAAAGCAAACAUUUGAGAAACCGCUCACCUGGGUAUACCCUGAAGAUCCCAAGCCUGAGGUCCCACCUGAGGUGACUGUUGAGCUGAGAUAUCCUGUUCCUGCUGCCACUGUUGCUGUUGAGUGCAGAGAGAGGGACGCUGUCGUAGAAGUCAAGAAGGACAUGUUUGGGAUCGGUCAGUUCAUCAAUCCUGCCGACCUGACCCUGGGGAACUGUGCUGCUGUCGGAGAGGACAACAAUGCUCAAGUGUUGAUCUUUCAAGCUGAGCUGCAUCAGUGUGGCAGCACGUUAACGACGACAGACAAGUCCCUCAUCUACACCUUCCUUCUGAACUACAAUCCUCAACCUGUGGGCGCAGCUCCUGUGGUGAGGACCAGCUCAGCUGUUGUCAUUGUAGAAUGCUUCUACCAAAGGCUUCACAAUGUGAGCAGCCUUCCUCUGGACCCGCUGUGGAUCCCUUUCUCUGCCGUUAAAGUGUCUGAGGAAUUCUUGUACUUCACUCUUAAACUCAUGACUGAUGACUGGCAGUAUGAGAGGCCAAUCUACCAGUACUUCCUGGGAGACAUCAUUAACAUUGAGGCUACCGUCAAGCAGUUCUAUCACGUGCCCCUCCGUGUUUACUUGGACAGCUGUGUAGCUACUCUUUCCCCUGACAGGUCCUCCAACCCCAACUACGCCUUCAUCGAUAACCAUGGGUGUUUGGUUGAUGCCAGGCUCACAGGCUCAGACUCUAAGUUCAUGGCUCGCACCGCAGAAAAUGUGCUUCGGUUCCAGUUGGAGGCCUUCAGGUUCAAGGGUGCUGAGAGUGGACUGCUCUACAUUACCUGCCACUUGAAAGCAACAUCUGCUGCUUAUGCCUUUGAUAGUGAACACAGAGCUUGCUCCUACAUCGGCGGGUGGAAGGAGGCCAGUGGAGCUGAUGCGGCUUGUGGCUCCUGUGAGUCUGGGUUGCCUGUAAAUUCUGGAUCUUCUGGCACUGGAUCUGGUUCCUGGACCGGUGGAGGAACCGGCCUAGCUAAUCCUGGAAGGAAGAGCCGUGCUGUGUCCCAAACUCAAGAAAUGGUCGAAUGGGAAGGUGAUGUCACCCUGGGUCCAAUCCCCAUCGGAGAGAAGGUGGUCGCUUAACUCAAUUGCCUGCCAUGACUAUAACCAUCAAAAUAAACAUACUCAUGGGUUCAUGACUGGCUGUAUGAUAUUCUCUUGCUUCUUGUUAAUAGCUCAGUUUGAAGAAAGUAAAGGACCUCCAUUUGCUCCAUUAGAUGUUAUCAAAAUUGUGACCCCUGUGUAGUGAUAAAUGUUACAUAUGGACCACAUGUGGCCAGCUCAUGGACUGUAAAUCCUCCCAAUCUGAUGGAAAUAAAAAAAAAAA